CCCUGUGUGCCCACUAAUGUGACUGCAGUGCGAAACUGCCAGCAGAGCUCAGUCAUGCUGAGCUGGGCAGCCAGCCAAGGAGCCAGAAAUUAUACUGCCACUGCCCUGAGCAACAGUGGACACAGGGUGGACUGCAUCUCUAACAACACAACCUGCAACAUUACCGGCCUGCGCUGCAGUCAGAACUACAGUGUGGGAGUGAUGGCUGUGAGUGACAGCUGCAGCAGCCUUUCAAGCCAGGCAGUCACAGUAUUGGCAGCACCAUGUUCUCCUGUUCGUGUCACAGGCUCACUUGAAUGCUUAUCCAAUGCAGUCUCACUCACAUGGGAUGUAAGCCCUAACAGUUUAUCUUACAAUGUACUGGCAAUCGGGAGGGCUGGAGACAGAGUGAACUGCAAUAACACUGCCCCUAGCUGCCAACUAAGCGGCCUCCUCUGUGGUCAGAAUUACAACUUCACUGUAUCAGCCAGUGACACCAGCUGUCAAAGUCCAAACAGCACACCAUUCAUCCUACCAACAGCUCCUUGCACCCCAACGAAUGUCCAGAACCGCCUUGAUUGUGGUACCAACAACCUGACAGUCAGCUGGGAUCCAAAUCCAGAUCCCCUGAACUAUAACGUUGGUGUCAGAUCAGCGGAUGGCAUUGUGCAGACCUGUACCAGCUUAUAUACCAGUUGUAGUGUCACCAGUUUGACCUGUGGCCAGGAUUACGCCUUCACUGUAACAGCCACUAAUAAUUACUGCCGCAGCCCUCCAAGUGUGACACGAACCAUACGUACUGUGCCAUGUGUUCCUCAGCUUGUCCAAGGGAACGUGGAUUGUGCAUCGAACACACUGCUGGUGUCCUGGAUUAGCAUUCGUGUUGCUAGGACCUAUGCUGCCAGGAUUCUGGGCUCGAAUGGCUACUCCAAUUCAUGUACCACAGCCGACCUCUCCUGCUCCUUCAGCCAGCUGCAGUGCUCCCAGCAGUAUAACAUCAGUGUGCUCGCCCUGGACAGCCAAUGCAACAGCACCAGCAGCCCUGCCAUUUCUGUGUCUACAGUUCCCUGCAGUCCAGCGAACGUGGCUACCAACCUAUCCUGCAAUACCAGUACAGCAAUGGUAUCCUGGGAUGCCAGCCUGGGGGUGCGUCGUUAUACAGUGUUGGCUGCGGCCAGUAGGUCAUUCCAGUGUUUCACCAACAGCACUACCUGUCAGCUGAAUGGUCUGCAGUGUGGACAGACCUAUAACAUAACUGUGCUAGCUGAUGACGGUAACUGCAACAGCACUCUGCGGACAAGUGCUACCAUGACAACUGCUCCAUGCCCACCUGUGAUUGUGAAUAGUACCCUGAAUUGCACCAACAAUGUGGCCUCAUUGUCAUGGGUGAUGGGGAAUGGUGUGGUUGACGUUGUCAUCCAGGCCUCAUCAUCCCAGGGCUAUCAGACUUGGUGCAGAUCGAGAAAUGGCACCUGUGACCUUGUGGACCUUCGAUGUGGCCAGAACUACACUGUGCAAGCCACUGCGACUGGGGUGCGCUGCGUCAGUCUUGCCAGCCCUGCCUCUUACAUAGUUACAGCACCAUGCGCACCUCAGAAUGUUACACGUAACCUAGACUGCAUGACUAACUCUGUUUGGGUUACAUGGGGCCGAGCAACUGGAGCACAAACCUAUGUGGUGACAGCACUGGGCACUAGAGGAGAUAAUGCCACUUGUUCCACCUCCAACACCACCUGCACUGUGCCAAGCUUGCGCUGCAGUGCACUCUACACUUUUUACGUCACUGGAUCUAACUUACAGUGUCGAAGCCCAGCCAGCAGCACUUUCAACAUCCAGACAGCUCCAUGCCAGCCAACAGCCAUCUCAGCAGACCUCAGCUGUGCCAACAGCACAGCGUAUGUCACCUGGGCCCCGGUUGCAGCCGCAGUGCAAUACCAGGCAUGCGCACAAAGCACAGACAACAACCCGCUCUGCUGCCAAACAACUAACACCUUCUGCACUGUGGUGGGGCUACAGUGUGGGUCGACAUACAACUUCUCAGUGCAGGCCUCCAAUCAAGUAUGCAGGUCUUCAUUCAGCCAGCCAUAUAGCAAGGGAGCAGUCCCUUGCCCCCCCAGUGAACUGUGGACACGGCUGUACCCCAUGCAGAAUGGGAUGCAGGUGCUCAGGGUCUCCUGGAGCGUAAUUGUCUGCUGUGAGGUGGAGUACCUGGCGGAGACAAGCAGUAGCCAGCAGGGCAACGAAGAUACGAGCUCUGUGAUGAGAUCAUAUUGGACAAAUGGCAGAGUAUUUGAGUUCCCCCUGUCCUGCAACUCCCGUUACACAGUGACAGUGCAGAGCAGGAACUUGGCAGGAACCAGCACCCCCUCAACGGCGGUCAAUGGGACAACAGCCCCCUGUCCCCCACUGGGAAUCACAUACAGCAUCAAAAAUGGAUCAGCCAUGCUCUCCUGGAAAGCGUCAGUACUGGCCACAGAGUACGCUGUGUAUGAGCUAAAAGGUGCAGCGCUGUUGUUAGUGUGUAACACAGUUCAGCUGCAGUGCAACGUGACAGGUGCCAAUCGUAGUGCGAUUGAGAUGACGGCCAUCAACGCCGCUGGUCAGAGCAAUCCCAGUACGAACAUCCAAGAUAUAACACAGUACCGUAUUCGAAGAGGGCUGAAAGGGACAAAUUCUUUUUAUGAAGAUGAGACAGAUGUAUCUAUUCCAGUGCUGAAGAUUGGAAAUGUCACUAGCAAUUCCCUGUAUGCAGAAUGGAAUUCAGUAGAGGGUGCUACUAGCUACAGCCUUGUGGUCAGACAGCAGUCCAGUAAACAGCAUUCUGUAGAGCUGUCUGUAUAUGGUUUUAACUCUACAGUGACAGACCUGAAACCUGCCACCAGAUACUGCAUCUCUGUGUAUGCCAAAAAAUCAAUAAGCACAAGCCCCUAUUCUACACCAAUCUGUGUAAAAACUGGAGUUCAGAUCUAAGGGUUUGUUUCAGCAUGUCAGACUAGUCAACGUGGGGACAAAUAAAAAAUGUCAACUGUAAAGAGCAGCUUCAUAGCAUUAGAUAAAAGCACCUAAUGCAAGCAAGUCUUAGGAAAUAACAACUUUUCUUGAAAAUCAUGUAGCAAUUAAUGUUUAAAUUGAAAACCAAACCAUCUUGGACACUUCUUUGAUUUAAAUGUGGUGGAGUGUGAUGAAGAACAAUUGCUAAUUUAAAAUAAAUCAAACCAACAAACUUCCAAGAUUACAAAAAUAAACAAACACUAUAUAAAAUGUA